AUGUCGGGGUAUCGCGGCCGGACAGGGCCGAACUUCUCAGAGUAUCUGAACAACCUCAAUACUCUGGCGUCGCCCUACGAUCAGGAGCAGUUCCCGCCGGAAGAGCUGGACAUCAGCCAGGACCUGGCUAUGUUCACAAACACCGACUUUACCCAUUUUGACAUUCCCCCGUUACCUGAAGAUGGCUCUUUCAACUUUGAUCUCAGCGACUCUAAAACCAACCCGAAUAACGUGAAGUAUGAAGAACUCUUGUCUGGCUCGUCACCCACCCAAAACUAUCAAUCCUCCAACAUCGAUACAUCUGCGGGCGAUUCUUCUCACUACUACGGCACCUACAAUACUCCCAUUCAACCUGCACCCAUCCCCGGCUUUAACAACCUUGACUCUCACACAUCUUCUGGCGCGUCAACGACUACUGGUCCUCAGGCUACUCGGAGGAAAGGUGACGCCGUUGAUGCCAAUGCAUUGAGUUCGGAGGAGAAAUCUCGCCUCGCUGCUGAGGAAGAUAAGAGGAGGAGGAACACAGCCGCCAGCGCGCGAUUUCGGGUGAAGAAGAAGCAGCGCGAGCAGGCAUUGGAGAAAACGGUGAAGGAGGUGCAGGAAAAGAACGCCAAACUGGAGGCCAAGGUGAAUCAACUGGAGAUGGAGAAUAAAUGGCUCAAAGAUUUAAUUACGGAGAAGAAUGGGAUGCAGUCCAAGGAGGAGAUGGCAGCGGCGUAUCAACAGUACCGCAAAGAGAGCGAAGAGCGAGAGCUGAAACUCAAGGAACACACGACAGGAGUAGGUACCGAUUGA